GGCAAACCAGUAAACGGUCUCUUUUCCUUCUGAACAUACAAUGGCUGCUUCUCAGAACAAGGCUCUCGCCGCCAAGAAGGCCGCCCUCAAGGGUGUCCACGGUAAGGCUGUCCGUAAGAUCCGCACCUCUACUCACUUCCACAUCCCCAAGACUUUGGUCUUGAAGCGUGCUCCCAAGUAUGCCCGUAAGUCUGUUGCCCACGCUCCCCGCAUGGAUCAAUACCGUGUUAUCCGUCAACCCCUCAACACCGAGACUGCCAUGAAGAAGAUUGAAGAACACAACACUUUGACCUUCCUCGUUGAUGUUAAGGCUAACAAGAACCAAAUUAAGGAUGCCGUCAAGCGUCUCUAUGAUGUUGAAGCUGCUCAAGUUAACACUCUCAUCAGACCCGAUGGUUACAAGAAGGCCUUUGUUCGUUUGACUGCUGAUGUUGAUGCUUUAGAUGUUGCCAACAAGAUUGGUUUCAUCUAAACAGCUCCGUUUCUUUUUUCGAGUAGAGCGUUCAAAUAGUUUACUUAAUAAAA